UAAAUUUCUGGCCACACAAACACAAGUGUGAACCAAAAUAUCCCCCAAAACUCACCUUCUCCAAGAACAUUGGGAAUUCAGAGCUCUCAAGCAUCAACAAUGGAGUCCAUCUGCGUCCUCAUGCCAAUCCCGAUGAACGCUUACCUUGAACGACAGCUCGAGAAGCGCUUCAACCUCUUCAAGCUCUGGACCGUCCCACAAAAGGCGCAGUUCAUAAAGGACAACGCCGACUCCGUCCGCGCCGUCAUCGGAAACGCCACAUCCGGCGCCGACGCCGAACUCAUCGAUGCCUUGCCAAAGCUCGAGAUUGUCGCCAGCUUCAGUGUCGGAAUCGACAAGGUCGAUCUCAAGAAGUGUAAGGAGAAGGGGAUUCGGGUCACCAACACCCCCGACGUCUUGACCGAUGAUGUUGCCGAUCUCGCCAUCGGCCUAAUGCUCGCCUUGCUUCGGAGGCUGUGCGAGAGCGAUCGGUUUGUCAGGAGCGGCAAGUGGAAGCUUGGCGCCUACAAGUUGACUACCAAGUUCUCUGGAAAAACAGUUGGGAUCAUUGGUUUGGGGAGGAUUGGCCAAGCAGUUGCUACGAGAGCUGAAGCAUUCGACUGCCCCAUCUCUUACUACUCAAGAUCUCAAAAAGCGGAUGUGAAGUACAAAUACUACCCAACUGUUGUAGAGCUGGCCGCCAACAGCGACAUUCUGGUUGUUGCUUGCGCCCUCACAGAAGAGACUCGCCACAUCGUCAACCGCGAAGUCAUGGAUGCUUUGGGCCCAAAGGGAAGAGGUCCUCAUGUUGAUGAACGUGAGCUAGUAUCUGCGCUAGUUGAGGGCCGGUUAGGUGGGGCAGGGCUUGAUGUCUACGAAAACGAGCCUGAAGUGCCCGAGGAGCUUUUUGGGCUUGAAAAUGUAGUCCUCUUGCCCCACGUUGGAAGUGGCACCAAUGAAACACGCCAAGCCAUGGCUGACCUGGUGAUCGGUAACUUGGAGGCUCACUUUUUGAAGAAGCCGCUACUGACUCCAGUGUUUUAAGUAGUAUAGUUACAUAAUGAUGUAAAUUCGAUUGGAGAUUUGAAGGCUUCAUUCUCUGUGUUACCUUUCACGAUUUCUCCAAAGAUCAUUGUUUCCAGGCUUGGUAAAAGCUGCUGGAUGAAACAGCUUGCCUUGUUAGUACUAUCUUUGAUUUUAAAUCUUAAUGUCAUUUCAUGUCA